AUGGGUUUCUUUCCCUUCUUCUCCCUCGAAACUUGGGCACUCACAGUCAUCCUCUCGGUCCUUCUUCUGCUCUAUGGAAUCUGGCCCUACAAUUUCUUUAAGAAGCUGGGGAUCCCUGGGCCCAGGUCUCUGCCCUUUUUGGGGACUUUCCUUGAAUACCGAAACGGUGUGGUCCAUUUUGACAUGAAGUGUUAUCAGAAGUAUGGGAAGAUCUGGGGAUUUUUUGAUGGCCGACAGCCCGUGCUGGCUAUACUGGAGCCUGCCAUCUUCAAAACCAUCUUUGUGAAGCAAUUCUAUACCCAUUUCACAAACCGCCAUGACAGAGGUUUCAGCGGGGACUUAGAAGCAUCUGUGUUUGUGGCCCCAGAUGAGGAGUGGAAGAGGAUUCGCACCAUCCUCUCUCCCACCUUCACCAGUGGGAGAUUAAAGGAAAUGAUGCCUAUAAUCAACCAUUACGGGGAAGUGCUGGUGGAGACCGUCCAGAAGAGAAUGAAGAACAAUGAAUCCAUGGACAUGAAAGCCAUUUUUGGGACCUACAGUUUGGAUGUGGUGGCCAGCACUUCCUUCAGCAUCGACAUAGACUCCAUAAAUAACCCCUGCGAUCCUUUUGUCAUCAAUCUCAAGAAUCUGGCCACAUUCGACUUUGUAAAUCCACUGCUGGUCGUGGCUGUCGUCUUUCCGUUCCUCCAACCGUUGCUGGAGAAGCUAAAUUUCACCUUGAUACCUUGUUCUGUGUUGGAUUUCUUCACGGCCGUGGUGAAAAAAAUCAAGAAGGAUCGGCAACAGAACCAGUGUACGGAGCGCGUUGACUUUCUACACCUAAUGUUGGAGGCCCAAAAUUCAGGAGACGUCUCUGAUGGCACAAAUUCAUAUAAAGCUCUGACUGACAAGGAGAUUUCGAUGCAGGCUGUAACCUUUCUUUUCGGUAGUUUUGAGACCAUCAGCAAUCCCCUUAGCUAUCUGUCUUACUCCUUGGCCACCCACCCGGAUGUUCAGCAGAAGCUGCAGGAAGAAAUUGACAAGAUGCUUCCCAACCAGGCUCCUCCCACCUAUGAUGUGAUCUUUCAGAUGGAGUAUCUUGACAUGGUGGUCAAUGAAAACCUCAGGAUAUAUCCCCCAGCAGGACGGAUUGACAGGGUUUGCAAAAACACCGUGGAGAUCCAUGGGGUGACCAUCCCCAAAGGAACGGUAGUCCUGCUCCCGGCUUUUGUCCUGCACCGUAUCCCAGAAUACUGGCCAGAGCCAGAAGAAUUCAGACCCGAGAGGUUCAGUAAAGAGAACAAGGAAAACAUAGACCCGUACACUUUCCUGCCCUUCGGAGUGGGUCCUAGGAACUGCAUUGGAAUGCGCUUUGCUCUCCUGGUUUUGAAAUUGACCAUGGUGAUCCUCCUGCAGAAAUUCUCCUUCCGGACCUGCAAAGAGACGCCGAUCCCCUUGGAACUUAAGAGCCAACUCUUCAUGCAGCCAAAGAAGCCGAUCAAACUGAAGUUCGUUCCCCGAAAGGCUGCUGGAUCGGAGGACUAGAGAAAUAGGAAACGGCAAGGCGGCCGAUGCCACAGCCCUCCUCCUGCCUCACAUCCUUGGGUCGCCUGCAUGAACAGAAGGACCAAAGUCUGCAAAUGGGGCACCAUGUUUUCCAACACUCCCCUCCACAUCACUAAGGACUAGUAACUUGAAGCAGCAGAAUUGAAAACAGGACAUUGUGAUUU